CGACGCCUUGUUUUAAAAAAUACGCCCAUUGGUACCAACGACCUUUUUGAAGAGAACAUCUGUAAGAGUCUUCUAAAGGAAGAAUCUGAAUCUGAAUAUAUUUUUAUUUGCUAUAAUGCCUGCCGUUCAAACUCCAUCUCAGCGUCGUGCAAAUGCUCAAUUUCAAAAAAAUGUUACUCGACGCGUAAAAACAAACUCAAAAGACCACAGCGUUGCUAAGCAUCCCCCCAGCAUGGUUCCCCGUAAUAUAGCCCUUUUCUUUUUAGUUCUUAUGUGCGGCGGUGCCUUCUUGACGCUCUUACGAAUUUUUUUCUAAAGACUUAAAGUUUACGUUCGUUUUAUGCACUCAUCAUGUACUAUUUUCUAGGCAAUGAAAAUAGAUUCCCAUUUAUAAAUUCUUGAUUCUAUUCGUCUCCGCUUGUUUCUUGAAUACCUUGACUUUCCUUGAAAUUCUACCUGAUAUGGAUUAGCAACAAGAUGGGAAGAGCUCUCAACAUACUUUGCGAGGUUAUACCCUCUAUUGGUUGAGAAGGUGAAGGAACGAGGAUUACUUCCUCUGUCUAGUUUCAUCGAAUAGGUACAUGUAAGUUCUUUACAUUGAAAUUUCCAAACUUUCAAUCGUGAUAUGAAAUAAAGCUAUAGACAUUUAACAAAAAAAAGAUUACUAUUAUACAUCUCAUGGUUCCAUAGAAAAAUACCCAAUUUCAUCCAUGUUUGAGACUCA